GCACCGUAUCUUCUCGAGAAUACCGGUCUUUUUGUCUGGAAGAAGACCGGGAUGACCCGUCUGAUUGUGGGCGCCCGUUCAACCAAUGAGAAGUGCCGGAUUCCUCCUCACACAGACUUGGGCACGAUUGCCGCUCUGGCAGAUGUCGACCUCAGUUUGGCGAAGCUCUCGGAGAUCGCCGAUGCCGAGCUGAGCGUUGAGGAGGAGGCCGAGCUCCUCAAGGGGCAAGGGGGUCUCUUUUCGCUGCCUUUCUCGGGGAGCUCGCUGGACGUCGUGGACGGCUUCUACCAGUCCGACAAUUGGCGCAUGGCCAGCUGGUUCGGGAUGGACGAUCCCGACGAGGCCGGCGUCUACGGGGUCACCGAGGUCUGGGAUGACGACCUCGAGGAGAUG